AUGAUCAAUGCAUUAUUUAUAUAUUCGCUGCGAGGCGAAUUGAUAAUAUCAAAGCAAGCAAAAAGCUCCGCCCAGAAGUCCAUGUCAGAGAUAUUUCGCGUGCAAGUCAUCAAUAACCUCGAUGUGCGAUCCCCAGUUCUGACACUUGGCUCUACUACGUUCCAUCAUAUCAGAACUAGUGGCAAUUUAUGGCUGGUAGCAGUUUCGAGAUCUAAUGCAGAUAGCGCCGCCAUUUGGGAAUUUCUUUACAAGCUCAAUGUCUUGAUGGAAGCGUAUGCGAUACAUUCAGAGGAACAACUGAAGGAAAAGUUUAUGGUAUGCUACGAACUGCUCGAUAUAGUAUUAGAAGAUGGAGUUCCAAUUGAGACCGAGCUGAGCAGUGUUGCUGCCCGUAUGUCGGAGAAACCCACAGUGGCUUUGGACAACCUUAAUAUGAUAUCUGAGGAGUUCUUAAGCAGCGCCAGCAAAAUCAUACCCAGACCUAGACUGCUUAGAGGUAAGUCUAGUAGCUUCACAUCACAAGAUAAUUUUAACGGAAUGUCCUCUACGUGUUCAUGGAGACCAAGUGGGAUCAAAUAUAAGAAGAACGAGGUAUUUCUGGAUGUCAAUGAGCGUAUCAGCAUUCUGGUGUCGCACGAUGGCUCGAUCUUAAAAUCAUAUGUGGAUGGUACAGUUGAAAUUGUAACUCACUUAAGUGGUAUGCCUGUAUGUCGUUUUGGACUCAACGAUGCGCUCUCUUUAAAUACACCAUUUUCAGAUGCUCAGGAUCUUGAACCUAACAACGAUAUUAAGAAUAAGAAUGCUAUUCCUAAGGCAGCAGCUGGUAGUGUGAUCCUGGAAGAUUGUAAAUUUCAUCAAUGUGUGCAUCUUGACAAGUUCCACUCUGAGAGAAUUAUCAAAUUCAUUCCACCGGAUGGCUCUUUCGAGCUGAUGAAAUACCAUGUUCGUGAAAACCUUAAUCUCCCUUUUAAAAUUACUCCAAUCGUUACGAUUGUCAAAUCUAACACUGUCGAGUACAGAGUGACCCUAAAGUCACUAUUUCCGAGUAAACUGACUGCAAAAGAUGUACAGCUUCGCAUUCCUGUGCCGCCUGAAACGGUGGACUGUAAUGUCAGUGUGUCAAAUGGGAAGUGCAAAUUUGUUCCAGAAGAUAGUGCACUGGUCUGGCAAUUUGGCAAAUACCAGGGUCUCACAGAGAAUACUCUGUCGGCGGUAACUGUUCCCAUGAAAGACUCUUCUAUUAACAUCCAACAAUGGCCCCGCCCUCCAAUGUCAUUGAAAUUUGAAAUUAUGAUGUUCAGUAAUUCAGGCCUCGUUGUAAGAUUUUUCAACGUCUCUGAGAGAGAACAAAAAUAUUCGACUGUUAAAUGGAUCAAAUACAUCUCCAAGUCUGGAGCCUACGAAAUUCGUUAUUAA